UUUAUGACAGUUAACUCCAAAGAAACUGAUACAGAACAAAGUAAUUAAUUAAUUAAUUAAAGGGUCUUUGAUUGUAGGUUCUACCGUUGGUCAUGGAUAAUUUUUACUUAAUAAUUUUAUUUUUUUUUUAAAAGAAAAAAAAAUGCUGAUGUAGUCAGAGAAGGCGAAAAGUUCAUCUAAUGAAAAUGUUAAGCUUGACAGAGUCGUAAUCACUCCUGAGUGAUGGCAGAUUACGAUUACCAUAUCAAGUUUCUUCUCAUUGGCGACAGCGGAUUUACAAGCAAACAUUGAAAGAUAAUGGACGCAAUUCAAUGGCUUGGAAACUCUUUAGCUCAUCUCUCCUUACUACAAAAAACCAAAAGGUUACAACUUUUGAAAUGCCCACGUGCUUGCUCCUCAAGUUUGUCAAAUAUCUUUGUUCUUCACCAGCUCUUUACCCUCAACAUUCCAUUAACCAUGACUGUUGCUUCAACUCAGACUUCUUCUACGCGUCUCUUAUUGAUGAUUCUACCCACAAGAGACACCUUGAACAGAUACAUAACCAGUUAGUUGUCUCCGGGUUGCAACAUGAUGGGUUUCUCAUGACCAAACUGGUUAAUGGGAGUUCAAAUCUUGGGCAAAUUUGGUAUGCUCGUAAGCUGUUUGAUGAAUUUUGUGAACCCGACGUGUUUAUGUGGAAUGCCAUCAUUAGGAGCUAUUCAAGGAACAAUAUGUUCAGGGACACCGUUGAAAUGUAUAAAUGGAUGAGGUGGACAGGAGUGCGUCCAGAUGGAUUCACUUUUCCUUAUGUACUUAAAGCUUGUACUGAGUUGUUAGAUUUUGGUUUGAGUCGAUUAAUUCAUGGGCAGAUAAUCAGAUAUGGGUUUGGAUCGGAUGUGUUUGUGCAGAAUGGCCUUGUAGCAUUGUAUGCCAAAUGUGGUCACAUUAGUGUGGCAAAAGUGGUGUUUGAUGGGUUAUAUGAUAGAACAAUUGUUUCAUGGACUUCCAUCAUAUCUGGAUAUGCACAGAAUGGGGAAGCUAUGGAAGCAUUGAGAAUGUUCAGUCAAAUGAGAAAUGCUGAUGUGAAACCGGAUUGGAUUGCGCUGGUAAGCAUUCUGAGAGCUUAUACUGAUGUAGAUGACUUAGAGCAAGGGAAAUCUCUUCAUGGUUGUGUCAUCAAGAUGGGUCUUGAAGAUGAGCCUGAUUUGCUUAUCUCACUUACAGCUUUUUAUGCUAAAUGUGGACUGGUGACAGUUGCAAGAUCUUUCUUUGAUCAAAUGGAGACACCAAACGUGAUUAUGUGGAAUGCAAUGAUAUCUGGCUACGCAAAGAAUGGUCAUGCUGAGGAAGCAGUAGACCUAUUUCGUUACAUGAUCUCGAGAAACAUCAAACCAGAUUCUGUCACGGUGAGAUCUGCAGUCUUAGCUAGUGCACAAGUUGGUUCCCUUGAAUUAGCGCGAUGGAUGGAUGACUAUGUCAGCAAGAGUAAAUAUGGAGGUGACAUUUUUGUUAACACAGCCCUCAUUGAUAUGUAUGCAAAAUGUGGAAGUGUAGAAUCUGCUCGCAUGGUAUUUGAUCGUAAUUCUGAUAAGGAUGUUGUCAUGUGGAGUGCCAUGAUUAUGGGAUAUGGAUUGCAUGGCCAAGGAUGGGAAGCCAUUAAGCUUUACCAUGCAAUGAAGCAAGCAAGGGUAUUCCCAAAUGAUGUCACCUUCAUUGGGCUUCUCACAGCAUGCAAUCAUUCUGGCCUUGUAAAAGAGGGAUGGGAGCUAUUUCAUUGCAUGAAAGACUUUGAAAUUGAGCCUCGCAAUGAACAUUAUUCCUGUGUGGUUGAUCUCCUGGGACGAGCAGGUUAUCUGGGUCAGGCUUGUGCAUUUAUAAUUAAAAUGCCAAUAGAACCUGGUGUUAGUGUAUGGGGUGCACUUCUGAGUGCGUGUAAGAUCCAUAGGUGUGUGUCAUUGGGAGAACAUGCAGCAAAGAAGCUAUUCUCAUUGGAUCCAUAUAAUACAGGGCAUUAUGUUCAACUCUCUAAUCUUUAUGCUUCCUCCCGCUUGUGGGAUUGCGUUGCACGUGUUCGAGUUCUGAUGAGGGAGAAAGGAUUGAACAAGGACCUUGGUUACAGUGUAAUUGAAAUAAAUGGGAAGCUGCAAGCAUUUCAUGUAGGGGACAAUUCACACCCAAUGGCUAAGGAAAUUUUCAAUGAGCUUCAGAGAUUAGAAAGAAGGUUAAAGGAGGUUGGGUUUGUCCCACAUACAGAAUCUGUUUUGCAUGAUCUGAAUUAUGAAGAGAAGGAGGAGAAUCUUAGUUUUCAUAGUGAGAGGAUAGCUGUUGCCUUUGGACUUAUUAGUACUGCUCCUGGAACUACACUUAGAAUAACAAAGAAUCUAAGAGCAUGUGUGAACUGUCAUUCUGCUAUAAAGCUUAUAUCAAAGCUAGUUGAAAGGGAAAUAAUUGUAAGGGAUGCAAAUCGAUUUCAUCAUUUUAAGGAUGGUUUGUGUUCAUGCGGAGACUAUUGGUAAGAAGAAUGCCUCAACCUCAAACCAGAAGCAGAGGUUAGAUGGCACUUCACGAGAUUAAUUUAGUGCUUGCUAGUUUUGUUGCAUACCAUAUUGAUCUGGAACCACUGGCAGAAACUAUUCCUCAAUACCAAAUUCAUAUUCUCAUUAACUAUUGACUAAUCAAAAUUUUAGAUUUAAUGUAAACAUGAUUACACCAAAAUAAAUGUUACCUCUUAUUUAUUAUGAGAAGUUUUUUCUUUU